AUGGCAGAAGUCCAAGCCCGCGGAAGCGGGACAAGAGGUCGCGGAGGCUUCAGAGGCGGCAGAGGCGGUUUUCGAGGCGGUCGCAACCCCAGCAGAUCACAACACAAAGCAGACAAUGAGCAGGAGAACAUCCCUCCCGCCUCUGUAGAUGAUCAGGGCGAGGUCGGCGAACUGAAGAAGAAAUUUGGAGAGAAGCUUCCAUUGUUGAAAGAGAUUUGUCCCGGCUGGAGCGACGAGGAUCUAGUCUACGCGCUGCAGGAAACUGACGGCGACGUCGAUGCCGCUGUUGACCGGAUCUCCAGUGGCACGAUCUCGCAAUGGGGCGAAGUCAAGAAGAAACACCCCAAGCCGAAAGAAGCCCCUACGGUUUCAACCGAGUCGGGCACACGAGGCCGCGGACGUGGCGCCUUUGAAAGUCGAGGAAGAGGUCGCGGUGCAGAACGCGGCGCUAGAGGCGGCCGCGGCUCUAAAUCAGUUGCCCACACGAACGGCACCAAGAAGACAGACGACUGGGACACUGGCGCUUCGGCUCAGGCUGCUGAAGCUGCUGCUACAUGGGACAGUGCUCCGGCCAAUGGUGAGACGACGUCGGCGAACGAAGAUUGGGCAAACGACCCGGGCAAAGAUGCUCUAGCAUCUCUCCAGACUGAGGAGCCCAAGCCUGCAUCCGCGGCAGCGCCGUCCACCGCGAAGCCCGGAGGAUGGGCAGGGCUGUUUGCCAAGCCAGCACCAGCGCCCAAGAAGUCUCCAGCACCACCUCCUCCAGCUGCGCAGCCUGAACAAUCCCCGGCCGAGGCUGAAGCUCGUGUCCAAGAGACGGCUCCUACCGAGUCGAUCUUGCUUCCACCCAUUGAGCCAGCCCCCAGCGAAGGAGGACCAAGUGAGCUGCCAUCUGCACCUCAUUCCGAGACAGGAAAAGAUCUGACACCACCAAAAGAUGAACUUACAGAAAAGAAUCUGGAGAAGUUGCCUGACUCUUCCCAUCCACAUCCCUCAGCCACUGCUGCUAGCACAGUCGCAACUACUCAGGAUCCGCUCGCCUCGAUCGAUGCUUCGAAGCCUGCCGUUCGACCGGGCAUUUCCGGUUAUGCUGCUACCGCCCUGAAGGCGACUUCGGGAACUGGUCGAGCCGCUAGCUACGCUAGGAAGGUCAUGGAGCAACAUGAGGCGGUGGUCAUGCCGGGCCAUCAUGCAGUCGAAAAGGCGGCUGUUCAGUUCGGCAAGUUGGGACUAGGAGUUCCGGACGAUGUGGAUGUGGAUGAGGACCGAGAGGAGCCGGAGACACGAACCCAGCUUCCAGACGACUCGCCGGCUGCUCCCCGAGCGUCACUGCCACCAUCUCUCCCAGAAACCCAGCAAGGACCGGCUGCUCCACCGACUCAACCUGCGGCGGAUGUCCAGGCCUCGCUAGGACGGCAAGCACCAGGUCUCCCUCCUGUGCCCCAGCAAGCGCAAGAGCCGUCGCCACAGUCCUCUUUGGCAUACGCGGAUCAAUAUAGGUACGGUCAAGGUCAGAAACCGUAUGAUCCUUUCGGUCAACAACCUCCAACCGCACAGCCUCCAACACAGGCCCAAGAACCGUUCUCCAACCAAGUCCCCAGCCAGCCUGGCGCUGCUCCCUCGCAAAACGAUUAUUCCGCCUACUAUGGACGUGAUGCGUACAACUACUAUGGUGCCUACGGUCACGGGCACGAAGCUCAGCGAGCUGGAAGCACCUUCGGUACCUCCGCUCCUGAUACACAGGGUCAAUAUGCCACUGCACGUCCUCAGCAAGCGUUGGGUCAACAAGAUGCUCCAGGCAGUGGAAACAACACUCCGAUUCCCACCGGGCCCUCCUCUCACCAGGCUCAACCUUCUGGCCAUGUGCAACAAACCCAGGGUCACGGAUACCCAGGUUACGGCUAUCCGAAUGCUUACAGCCAGCAAUAUCCCCAAUACGGGGCAUCCUACGUGAACCAAGUGAACCAAGUGAAUCAUCGUUAUGGCUCGAGCCGUCCUAUGUUUGAUGAUGUCCGUCGUCAAGACAGCGACUAUUAUCCCAGCCAAUACAACUACCCGCAGCAGAGCCAUUAUGGUGCUGGAUACAAAUCCAACAUGUAUGGUCAACCCCAGCAGGGCUACUCGUACGACCAGGCCUCAUCGCCUGCCACGGCCAACACUUUUGGGCGCGAAGGAAGUUACGGGCGAAGUGGGUCCGUUCAACCUUCUGAGGCUCAACCGACUGCGGCGGGCAGUACGGGCUUCGGUGGCGUUCCUGAUCCCUUUGGUCGGACUUCUUCCGGGUUUGGACAGACCCAACAGCACGCUGCUCAUUCAGGCGGUGAUGAUCCUGCCAAGGGACCUGGACCAAGCCCUUCGAUGCAAGGUGGCCGUCCUACUUCUGCAGUCAAUAGUUUCCCCGGUCAGGGUGUCUUGCCUCCGCCGUCGCAGCAUUCGGGCCAGCAGGCCUUUGCCGGGUAUCCUCAGUACGGUGGCUUGGGUACUGUGGGCGGUCAUCAGAAUACGCAUCAGAAUACCGGAUAUGGGGGUUAUGGAUCCAACACGGGCUUUGGGACUUAUGGUGGUUACGGAGGUGGCCGAGGAUGGAAUAACAGCUAUGGCUCAGGCCACUAA